UCUUGUUUAAAGUAAGAAUUUCGCAAAAUCUAUGGUCGUUGUAAUGAUCUAAUUUCCAAAUAUAAACUAUCACUGAGUAAAAUGUUGUUUGACGUGUUUCAUACCAACUGUUAGGCCGUUCUUUACCAACUGUUUUUGACUAUGGAUUACUCUGUUUACCUGAACAAUGAUAGAGCUCACAGCGGAUAUGACCGGUCAACAGGGGAUGCUUACUCUUCAAAGACACCUGAUCCCACCUGUGGUGUUAUCAUGGGUCGUGUCUGUUCUACUCUUAAAUUUGUAUUUUUUACAGGAAAUAUGAGAUUGAUCACAGAUCGCUAUCUUCAAUUAUUUAUACAGCGACCAGUCUAGCCCAUGAACGAAGAAACUGCUUCAUGCAGCGGCCAACCUUACGCAGAAAAUGAAACAAAACGUCCCCUACAGCGACCAGCCCAACCUAAGAAAUGAAACAAAAUGUCGAUCUCAUACAGCUAGUAGCCUAGUCCCAAGACCCUAAAAAUGCGUUUCCAACAACGACCAGCCUAAGCCAGAAAAUAAAACAAAACGUCUCAUGCACCAACAAAGAAUCUGAUGCCAAAACAUUGUUAUCAUUAUCUCGCUUUGUACUUCAAAGCCCAUGAACUAUCCAUAUUCAUUCAACAAUCAACAAUUUUAACUCAAAAUCAAGUCAUUAUUUCUUCUGUAUUUCCUUCUUUUUUUUUUUUUUUUUUUUUUUUUUUUUUUUUUUUAAAGAUCUGGCAUGAAAUAAAACAGUCUUCGAUCCAUAACUCGUUUAAGGGUAAUAACUAUGUACUCACCUGAAAAAUAUGUAACAUUUUCAUGAAAAACAAACGUCUAGAGGUUUCCAAGAGAUUCAGGUCGGACAUAGUAUACAUAUAAUACUUAAUGUCAUUAGGGUGGUAUAUACUGACCGAUCGUUUUCUCACAAGUCCUUGGGAAAACAUUCAAAGUAAGGUUCAUGGAAACAAGGAGGGCUCAUUUUUGGACGUUUACCUCAUUUAGCUGUGAAUCUACAAUGUUGUUAUUUCUGCGGGUCAAUUCAAAACGAACAUGUAGACAUGCGUAAGGGUCAGUUAGACUGACAGAUGGACAACGGUUAAUCAGAUCAGAUAAAGAAAUUAAAGGUGCGUGAAAUGAAGGUAAAAGUCCGAGUUGCACACUAUAAAAUGUGAGAUAAGGAGUAACUGGAUAUCUGCUUUAUCAAUGCAAAUUUUAUAGGAUAACGUCUUACUGAUAACCACUCCAGUCCGUCCGAUGGUGUGUUUACAGGGGUUGGGGAUAAUUUAUCAAUCACCAGUAGUAAGGACACCUGUUAACAAAGACACUUGUUACACAUGUCGGCGGAAGAAUAUUUUGAUCUACCAAUAAUUGCUCUUAAGGAAGCUCUACAGGAUCCAGGGAAUGGCGGUCAGAAGGUUGUGAAGGCACUGGAGAGUGUCGGGUUUAUGGGGAUAGUGGAUAUUCCUGCAUUUGACGUGGAAAAACUAAGACAAUGUUGUACGUGGUUCUUUGACUUACCCUGGGAUAUUAAACAGACUCUCAUGAAAAAGACUUUUAACAAGAAAAAUAAAAACGUGUAUCGAGGAUAUUUUCCAGUGGUAGAAAACUUAUCAAGCAGAAAAGAAGGAUUUGAAAUCGCAGCAGACGUUUCAUCAGACGACCCUGACGUUCUUAUGGGCAAUUGGUUUUACGAGAAAUCGAUCUGGCCACCCGAAAACGGCGAUUUUGACUUCCAGGCAACGAUGAUAGAAAUGUACAACCGUUUGCAUCAAAUUGCAAUGGAUAUUCUAAGGCUAGCUUCAAUUGGAUUGGGAAUAAAAGAGGAUUCGUUUGAAUAUUUGUUUAAGGAUAAACCAUGUUCUACAUUCAGGUUGCUACAUUAUCCACCAUGGAAUGGAACGCCUCCUGAAAAUGCCGUCAUAGAGGGCGGUAAAGUCGUCACUACUCCUGUUCACACAGACUCUUGUUUUCUGACUCUAUUGGCAACCUUCCAGUUCCAUGGACUAGAGGUACAAACGCCUGCAGGAAAAUGGUUGCCCGUGCGACCAGUUGCAAAGGGCCUCGUUAUGAAUGUCGCUGACGUACUCAGCAAAGUCGUAGGUGGGCGCUUUGUUGCUACCCAACAUCGAGUGCUUGACAUUGGUGUUGACAGGUUCUCCGUGCCGUUUUUCUUGGAGCCUCGAUUUGAUGCCGACAUAAACGUGAACAUUGUGACUCAGUGUAAGGGAGAAGGACAUUCACGAGAUGUCGUGAAAUAUGGCCCUUGGGUCUUAAAACGAAUGGAAGCUAAAGGAUUCUUUGAAUUUAAAGAGCUUCCAAAAUUUUUGUUUAAUGCAUAACGACUCCAUAGACGAUCAAAUCAUGAACUGGAUAGUAGGGCUAUAAUUAGUGGUGAAGAUAUAUGCUAUAUGGACGUUAUAAAUAGAUCCAUGGAUUUAAGAAACAGUAA